GGCGCUGUCACAGCAGCGCACCCCCUCCCGGCUCGGAUGACGCGAGAUCACCAGCCCGGCUGCGGAAAGAAAACCGGCUUCUGCCGGUCAGAGGAGUGACAGUUGCGGGAGACCGGGGGGGGAGGAGGAAGGAGAGAGCAUGAGAGCCUGAGACUCACAUCCGUCCCCGAGACAUGGCACCGAGCAAGGACACCCUACUACACCUCCUGGCCGGAGGGUGUGCUGGCACAGUCGGAGCCAUUGUCACGUGUCCCCUGGAGGUGAUCAAGACACGGUUACAGUCCUCAGGGAUCGCCCUUCAGCAAGUUUACUACUCUCAGGUACAGCUUGGGACGCUCAGCGGAGGAGUUGUACGACCAACCACUUCCGUCUCCCCUACGGUUCUCCAAGUUCUCAAAUCCAUCCUUGAAAAAGAAGGACCAAAAUCUCUUUUCCGGGGGCUGGGUCCUAACCUAGUCGGUGUCGCUCCUUCCAGGGCCGUCUACUUCGCAUCGUACUCAAAAGCCAAGGAGCAGUUUAAUUCAAUAUUCGUUCCCAACGGUAACCUCGUCCACAUGUGUUCUGCGGGAUGUGCAGCGUUUGUGACGAAUACAAUGAUGAAUCCAAUCUGGAUGGUGAAAACACGAAUGCAGCUUGAGAGAAGGGAGAGGGGGUCCAAGCAGAUGAACGCCCUGCAGUGUGCCCGCUAUGUGUAUCAGAUGGAGGGGAUGAGAGGAUUUUACAGGGGCCUCACAGCCUCCUAUGCUGGCAUCUCCGAGACCAUGAUCUGCUUUGUAAUAUAUGAAGGCCUGAAGAAGCACCUGGAGGAUAACCCGCUAACCACGAGCAACACCAAACCCGGCGAGAAGUCCUCCUCCAACUUCUUAGGAUUAAUGUUCGCUGCAGCUUUUUCCAAAGGAUGCGCCUCCUGCAUCGCCUAUCCACACGAGGUGAUCCGCACCAGACUGCGGGAAGAAGGCAGCAAGUACAACACCUUCUGCCAGACGGCGCGUUUGGUCGCACGGGAAGAAGGCUACGCAGCUUUUUACAGAGGACUUUUAGCUCAGCUUUUCCGGCAAAUCCCCAACACCGCCAUCGUCCUUUCUACAUACGAACUCCUAAUCUAUCUGAUGCGCGACAAACCCAAGUAAACGGGGCAAGCCGCCCUCCUUGACAUUCUCACUGCGCACUGACCAAACACAGACUGGCGUACUGUAAUGGCUGCCUGGCCACUCCCUUACUCGGAGGAUAUCACAUUUUGGACUGUUUUCCCAUUCUGGGAGGUUUUAGUUAUCGUUAACGUUUAGUAUAUAAUUUGUAUAUUUUGUUAUUUUAAAAAAAAAGGAAGUUGCAGAGUCGUGGAUCCCACUGAUGCUGCUAGGUAACUAAAUCCCGCUAUUUAAUUUCCCCGGCCCUGGCCGGCAUUGUAUUUUUCACGAGUUGCAUCUAAUUUAUAUCGAGAAAAGAACAGAGUGAAGACCUCUUUACGAGUCGUGUUGUUCUGAUUUCUGUACUGUAUAUGAUGGUAUUGCAGUAUAACAUUUUUCCACUAGGUGGCGAAUGAGCACACAAGACACCUUGCUCACCAUAGAAGAAUUUUUCCAUACAUUGAUAAAGUAUAUGAUCAAUGCAA